GAGAGGCAUGGCUGUGAGAGCUUGCGGCCUGAUCAUCUACAGGAGGCUGCAGUCAGCACCACCUUCUAAGGUCCCUGACGGUAUUGAAUACCUCCUCCUGCAGACAUCCUAUGGGACCCAUCACUGGACCCCACCCAAAGGCCAUGUGGACCCAGGAGAGGAUGACUUGCAGACAGCUUUCCGGGAAACACAGGAGGAGGCUGGUCUUCAGGCCAGUCAGCUCACCCUGAUAGAGGGGUACAAGAAAGAACUGCACUAUCCUGUCCGUGGGAAACCCAAGACCGUCAUUUACUGGCUGGCAGAAAUGAAGGACUGUAACACAGAAAUCAAGCUCUCGGAGGAGCACCAGGCUUUCCAGUGGCUGAAGCUGGAGGAUGCUUGCAAAUUUGCAGAAUAUGAGGACAUGCAAGCGACGCUGAAAGAAGUGCAUCAGUUUCUCUGCUCCAGAGAAUAAAUGCUUUUGUGAAGGAUAGGGGGAAUUUUUGAAGAAACAUGGCCUGCUUCUUUUGUUUUGUUUAACUGGGGAAGAACUACAUGGCUGCAGAAGUACAAAUUUCUUUUUUUAAAUCUACACAAAUUCAGUGAAGAUACUCAGAACUUUUAAAGAGCUUGUGCUUUUGUCUCCCCUAGCUAAUGCAAAAAAGCAUGGUCUGAUUGAACCAUAAGCCAGAGAUGUCUGAAUUGAAACCCAGAGCUAACAAA